UACCAUUGUCUUCAACUUAUAAAGAUUGUAUCGAUUCAUACACGAAUUCCAUGCAAGACGCACUCAACAAUGCCAAAUCAUAUAUGAAACCGAGUGAAUUCGAAAAAAAACAUAAUGAAGCAAAGGAUAAGUCAAUUCAAAAAUUGAAAAUUACCACAAAUUCAAAGCUAAAGGGAAUUUUCAUACUUAAUGCCAUUAGUGCUAUCGAAAAAAAAUAUGCAAACUUCAGAAAUAUAAACAAUAAAAAGCCAAAGCCAAGCCCUGAUGAAGGCCGUAUGGCACUCACUGUUUCAGUUUGCAGUGCUAAUUUUCUGGAGAAGAAAAAUUGGUGUGACGAUACGACAAGAUGUGAUCCAUACAUAAAAAUCUUCAUUAAUAAUAAAGUGGUGAUAGAAUCUAAGGUAUAUGAAGAUAAUCAAUACCCGGAUAUCAAAGAAACAUACUUAACGGAUAAUUUCAUACAUAAAAAUACACCCAUUAAAAUCGAAAUGUGGGACUCAGAUAAUGGCAAUGAUGACCGGAUGAUGGAUUGGCACUUCGAUCCCGCAACAUUAUUAAAUAAGGGCGGUUCAGAUCGGAAAGUUGAAAAUGCAAACUGCAUUGAUGCAAGCUUAGUAUGGAUACCAAAAGAAUAAGUUUUAUCAUAUCGAACAAUGCAAAUAUAAUACUUCAAUAUGCUUUGGGACAAUGACCUUGUUAGAAUGAAAAUAAAUUCAUCA